AUGGUGGUACUCAAUGCCUUGGAUCUCGACAUCGACCAAGCAACGCUAUCCUGCGACUCUACAAUCUCCGAAGCUAUAUCGAUUACACAAGAUGAUCAAACACAACAAGCAACGAUAGUCUUCAGAGAAGAAGCACCUAUAGCCACACUAUCAAAAUUAUCGUUGAGCUUUACUGGAAAGAUUCGUCAUGACAUGACGGGCUUCUAUCGGUCAAAAUACAUACCUGCUACUCCUGCUGCCGCUGCUUCCACCCUCGCCUCCGAUGCCUGUCACUAUAUGCUCAGCACCUUCUUUGAGCCUGGGUAUGCUCGAAUGGCUUUACCCUGCUUCGAUGAGCCGAACCUAAAGUCCACUUUUGAUCUGGCUUUUGAAAUACCCGAAGAUCAAGUUGCACUAAGCAAUAUGCCUGUCAAGAAGAUCACCCCUGUGGUCGAUAAACAAAACCGAGUGCUUGUUACUUUUGAACGCUCUCCCAUUAUGAGUACGUAUCUGCUAGCAUGGGCAGUUGGCGAUUUUGAAUACGCCGAAGCAUUCACAGAUCGCUUAUACUCUGGACAUCCGCUGCCUGUUCGGGUUUAUACAACUCGGGGAUUGAAGCACCAAACUCAAUGGGCUUUGGAACACGCAACCAAAUUCAUUGACUACUUCAGCGAAAUCUUUGGCAUUGACUACCCUCUUCCCAAGUCAGACAUAUUGGCAGUACACGAGUUUUCUAGCGGUGCCAUGGAAAACUGGGGUCUGGUGACAUAUCGUGUCAGUGCAACCUUGUUUGAUGAGCAUACCUCCGAAGAGAGAUUCCGAGAUCGCAUCGCAUACGUCGUGGCUCACGAGCUCGCUCAUCAGUGGUUCGGCAACUUGGUCACCAUGGAUUGGUGGGAUGAUCUGUGGCUCAACGAGGGAUUUGCUACUUGGGCAGGUUGGCUGGCCGUUGCUCACGUCCAUCCAGACUGGGAAUUUUGGACCCGAUUUGUCAAUGAAGGGAUGCAGUCAGCGUUCGAGGCAGAUUCUAUUCGUGCCUCGCAUCCAAUCCUCGUUCAGGUUGGAAAUGUUUCAGCUGUUUCUCAGCUUUUCGAUCUGAUCAGUUAUCGCAAAGGCGCGUCUAUUAUCCGUAUGCUUGCGAGUCAUAUCGGCUUAGAUACGUUCCUUGAUGGUAUAUCACUAUACCUCAGUCGACAUGCAUAUGGUAAUGCGGUCACAGACAAUUUAUGGGACGCACUGUCUGAGGUUUCGAAGGUGGAAGUGAGAGAUUUCGUACAGCCGUGGAUUCAAAAUAUGGGCUUCCCUGUCGUAUCUAUAGAAGAAAAUGGGAACCAAAUCACUGCGAAGCAAACCAGGUUUCUCUCAACGGGUGAUGUGAAACCCGAAGAUGAUACAACCGUCUGGUGGCUUCCACUUUCUCUCGAAGAUGUCUCUGACAAGCAAAACACAUCAAGCAUAACUCUGACUCAAAAACAAGAGACUUUUAGCAUCAACAAGGAAUUUUAUAUCAUCAAUGCCAAUGCAAUCGGAUUUUAUAAAGUUAACUAUCCGCCCGAGCGCUCAUCCAUCAUAGCUACUCAGUUAAACCGGCUCAGCACCGAGGAUAAAAUCUUCAUCAUCAGCUCAGCUGCGGAUAUGGCGUUUGCAGGUCUCAGCAAUACAGCAGCAAUGUUGGAUUUAUUGAAAGCAUUUGGAAACGAGACGCACUACCGAGUGAUUAAACAGGCUUUGGACUCCGUCCACGUUGUUCGCUCCAUCUUUUAUCAUGACGAUGCCAUCAAAAAAGGAUUGGAUAGAUUCAUCCUUCAGCUAAUUGAAAAGAAUGUCGGCCUGUGUGGAUGGGAUACUCGGCCAGGUGAAGACUAUAAUACAACGUUAACGCGAAGUCAAUUGCUUCUCGCAGCUGGUGUUAGCGGGCAUCCAAGCAUCUCCACAGAAGCAAAUCGUCGGUUUACUGCUUAUAGAACUAAUCCUCUCUCUGAUCCCAUCUCUGCAAAUCUUCGGGCCAUCGUCUUCCGAAUUGCUGUGGAAACAAAUCCUGUGGAUACUGUUCCCUCCAUCAUCGAGGAAUGGGAAAAUACGAGUACUAUUGACGGGAAGGAAAUAUGUCUUACGGCUCUUGGCCACACAGAAGAUCUGAAACUUGUCGAAUCAGAUGUAUUGCCUAUGCUUUUCGAAGCGCCUUCAAAUUCUACAAGGGUAAAAGUCGUGCCUGCCGGUGAUAUGCAAUUUCUCGCGACAUCUCUCGCCGACAAUCCCACAACUCGCCUCUUGCAAUGGAAUUGGAUGAAGACCCAUUGGACAAGCAUUGAGACGAAGAUUGGGAAGCAUUCUAGUCUUUUGGACCGCAUAGUUGGCGCAGUGCUUCAAACACUGACUGAUGCAUCAACAUUGACAGAUAUUGAGAGGUUCUUUAGUGAUAAAGACACUACUGCUUUUACUCGUGCGUUAGAGGUGUCUAAGGAUAGAAUCCGGGGUAGAGCAAGAUAUCUUCAGCGGGAUCACGAAAAGUUGAAAGGGUGGUUGACUGCUAACGGCUACGUCUAG